AUGGACAUCGAUUCCAAGAUCAAGGCUUACCGCUUCGUCGGCUAUGCCGCUCUUACAUUCUCUACCGUAGCCGUUCUUUCGGUCUGUAUUACUCUUCCAAUGGUAUACAAUUACAUUCAUCAUGCUCGUAAGACCAUGCAUCAUGAUAUUGUCGAGUGCCGUGCUGAGGCCAAGAAGCUUUGGGGGGACGUCAACAGAGUCCCAGAUAUGGUGAUGGCUCACAACCGUACCGCCCGUCAAGUUGGAAAUGGACAAUGCGAGGGAUGCUGUCUUCCAGGAGCACAAGGACCACCAGGAACCCCAGGACGUGCUGGACGACCAGGAAAGCCAGGAGCACCAGGUCUUAACGGAAAUCCAGGACGCCCACCAAAGGAGCCAUGUGAGCCAAUCACCCCACCACCAUGCAAGCCAUGCCCAGAAGGACCACCAGGACCAGCCGGACCACCAGGACCACAAGGAAACAAGGGACCACUCGGACCACCAGGACCACCAGGACCAGAAGGACCAAAUGGAACUGCAGGAAACAAGGGACCAGCUGGACCACCAGGACCAGGAGGAAAGCCAGGACCAGCUGGACCACCAGGAGAGAAUGGACGCAAUGGAGAGCCACAACCAGGAUCACCAGGAGAGCCAGGACGUCCAGGACAACCAGGAUCCCGCGGACCAGCUGGACAACCAGGAAAGGAUGGAGCUCAAGGAGGACCAGGAGAGAAGGGAGCCAACGGAGAACCAGGACAACCAGGAAGAGACGGACAACCAGGACGUCCAGGACAGCCAGGACGCGAUGGACAUCCAGGAGAGAAGGGAGUCUGUCCAAAAUACUGUGCUCUCGAUGGUGGAGUCUUCUUCGAGGAUGGAUCCCGUCGUUAA